AUGGACUCGGACCGCAUCCGCGACAACCUGGACGUGAUGGCGUCGCUGAUUGCGGAGCUCGACGCCGGGGACUCGGAGGAGAUCGCCGCCGUGCACCGCGAGCACCAGGAGCUGCGCGAGCUCAUCAGCGAGAGCGAGGGGCGCGUCCAGAACAUCAUUCAAGGGCUGGCCGCGGACGUGGAGGCGCUGAGCCGCGAGGCCGCGGUGAAGGAGGAUCCGGCGGCGCACCGGGGCCGCGUGGAUGACCUCCGCGCGCAGCAGGACGCCGCGAAGGGGGCGGUGCAGGCCCUGUCGUCGGAGCUGGGGGCGCUGCGCGGGCAGCGCGAGACGAUGGCGCGGCGUUUCCAGGAGCUCCGGUCCCAGAGGGCGCGGAUCGACCAGCUGGCGUCGGAGAAGGAGCCGCAGGCGCGCAACCAGCUCACGCUGUACGCGCACAUCAGCCGCGCGACGCUGCGGCUGGACCAGUACCCGCGGCGCCUGGCGGGGACGGUGGCGAGCCUGGCGGCGACCGGCCCGCGCACGUUCGACCUGGACCUGACGGCCAUGUCGCAGUGCGAGAUCGCAGACACGCUCUGGGGGCUCAUGGGCGACGAGUAG